UGGGGCCGAUGCAUAGGUGACUGUGGUUCAGGUGGUGUUCAGAGCCGUAUAGUUUGGUGUGUCCAUUCAGAAGGCUGGACAACCCACCAUUCGAACUGUGAACAAAGUGAUAGACCUGAUAGCCAAAGGACCUGCUUUAAAAUAUGUGACUGGCAUCUUGAACUCUUUGAGUGGGAAGUUUCAGAAUGGCACAUGUGUGUUCUAGUUCCUUUUGCUCAUGGUGAAGUCAAGACAAGGACUUCAGAGUGUGUAACUGCACAGCAUGGAUCACAACACAGACGUGUACAGUGCGUACAAAAACUGAACAGAACAGUUGUUGCAAAUGAGAUAUGUGAAUAUUUCCUCCCCCGGCCACCUAUGGAACAAGCUUGCCUAAUUCCCUGUCCCCGGGAUUGUGUGGUGUCAGAUUUCUCCUCCUGGUCUGUAUGUAGGAGACACUGUGGAAAGAGUUUACAGCACAGAACGCGUUCCAUUAUUGCUCCUCCGCUCUAUGGUGGAGCCAAAUGUCCAAACCUCACUGAAUCAAGGUUUUGCAGUGAUUUUAUCUCUUGUUCUCAUGUGGAAGAGGAAUAUACUUACAGUCUUAAAGUUGGAUCUUGGAGUAAAUGUCGACUGCCUCGCCUUAAAGAAAUGAAUGUGAUUGGGAGAACUAUGUUGGACUUCAGUUCAGAUUCUACAGAACAAAGCACUUUCAAACUUCAUGUGGUUGAGAAUAUGCAAAAUUUCCACAGGUUUAAACACCACAGUUCUAAAUCUUUGGAUGUAGAGAUUGGCUAUCAAACAAGGCAGGUGAGGUGUACAAGAAGCGAUGGGAAAAAUGUUGUGUUGAGCCUUUGUGUGCAAGAAACCAUCCUUUUGACCUUUCAGUCCUGUGUUAUGCCUAAAGACUGUGAAACAUCAGAUUGGUCUUCAUGGAGCACUUGCUCAAAGGCUUGUCACUCAGGGGAUCUGUCACCAGGAUUCCGAAGCAGAACUCGGAAUAUAACGCAUAUUGCCAUAGGGGCUGGGAAGGAAUGUCCUGAAACAGAAGAAAGAGAAGCAUGCAACAUUGGAGGAGGAGGAGGACAUCUUCAUCCAUGCCCAAGAUAUGCAUGGAAGACAUCAGAAUGGAAAGAAUGUGAUGUUUAUCUCCUGCUAGAGCAGCACGGCCCUCAGCGGCAGAAGCAGGCAGUCCUUUGUGGAGGUGGGGUACAAGUUCGGGAAGUCUACUGUGCUCAAGACACAUUGGAUGAAAUCCACAAAUCAAAGGAAG